GCCCAGGGACUCGAGGAGCGGCCCCGUGGGCCCCACGAGCCGACCUCGGCCCGGCUGCUCCGCGCCUCGAUCUGCAGCGGCGGCGCACGUGCACGUGGAAGGUCUGCCGAGGCCCGGGCCGGCUCCGGGCCCGAUCUCCGAGGAUCACAGUCCGUGGGGCAUAAAUGGAAAGUCCCGAGCCAGGGUCCAGACAAAUCACUUCCCGGGAGUGUGCGAGAGGGGUGGAAAUGGGGGAGCAGGGAGGGGAAGGCCGCCUCACCGAGGGACCAUUGGUCUGCCCCUCCCCCUCGUGUCCGCCGGGUCACACGGCCUCCCCCGCAACCACUUGGACGAGGUGGAGCCUCCAAGGAGGGGGUUCGCUCAGCAGGGCUUUCUCCUUAGCCAGAAGGGUGACGAUGUCAGGCCAGCCCCUGAGCAAAGACGCCAGGGCCAUGGAGGGGGACGGGGACGGGGACUCUGCCCCGGAGAUGAACGGGCUGGAGGAGGAGGGCAGCGAGGACGAGCAGAGUGCCAGCCAGACCGAGUCCGACGGGGAGAGCUCCGACAUGGACGACGAGGACUGUGAGCGGCGCCGGGUCGAGUGUCUGGACGAGAUGUCGGACCUGGAGAAGCAGUUCUCCGAGCUGAAGGAGAAGUUGUUCAAGGAGCGGCUGAGCCAGGUGUGUUUCCGGCUGGAGGAGGUCGGGGCCGAGCGCGCCCCCGAGUACACGGAGCCGCUGGGGGGGCUGCAGCGGAGCCUCAAGGUUCGGAUUCAGGUGGCAGGCAUCUACAAGGGCUUCUGUCUGGACGUGAUCAGGAACAAGUAUGAGUGCGAGCUUCAGGGAGCCCGGCAGCACCUGGAGAGCGAGCGGCUGCUGCUGUACGACGCCCUCCAGGGGGAGCUCCAGGAGCGGAUUCAGCGGCUGGAGGAGGACCGGCGGAGCAUCGACAUAAACUCUGAAUGGUGGGAUGACAAGCUGCACCCACGAGGGAGCUCGAGGUCCUGGGAGUCCCUGCAGUCCGGCAAGAGGAAGAAAGCUCCCCUGGUCUCUGGACCUUACAUUGUGUACAUGCUGGAGGACAUGGAUAUUCUGGAGGACUGGACGGCCAUUAAGAAGGCCAAGGUGGCGGUGUCCCCACAGAAGAGGAAACCUGAGGGUGAGAGCAGAAGUGGCUCUGGGCAGGGCUGCCCAUCCCACUGAGAGAAGGCCCACGGGGCGGGCGUGCGGGUGCAGCGUUGGCAAGGAGGGGCGCGGUUUUGGGGCCUUGGUCCGGCCUAGACACGCCUGGGCGGACUUGCCUCCCUCUCCUGCCCAAGGCCCACCUGGCGGGCGCCCGGCCCACAGCCGAUCUCAAGUCUUUAACCCCCGACGGGCAGCCGGGCUGUGGCCAAGGCCCGACUGGACCCCUGGGGCUCCUGGGCCCUCCAGCCACCAGAUGACCCCGUGGGCCGCCCCUUCCUCCACCAUCUAGCCUCCAGAGGUGGGGCGGACGCCCCUGGACGUGGGGGCUGUGGAGGGUCCAGUCGCUUUGACCCAGAGCCAGACUCUCAGAAUGGCCCAGGGCCGGCCAGCUUUUGCCCCCAGCCCCAGGGCCGCUCAGGCCGCCCGGCCAGGGGCUCGGGGCCAGUUCCUUGGAGUGACGCGUUUUGGGGUGAGAACGAAGGAACCCAAGUUUUUCCCAGGGUUCCGAGGUUUAGAAUCAUGGUGACAAUUAAAGUUUAAUAAUUAAAACAA